AUGUAUCGGACUCUGCCGAUAGUAGCUGCACUGGUUAACUCCGUAGUCGCCUUCAGCGAUGGCGUUGGAAAACUCCCGGCGCUGGGCUAUGACACCUUCAAUGCCUUUGGCUGUGACUAUAAUGCUACUGGCGUCGCUGCGCAGGCUGAAAUCAUGCAGAAAUCUGGAUUAGUGAAUGCUGGAUACAACAUUCUCAUUCUCGAUGACUGCUACGCCCUCAAGCAGCGUAACGCCACUGGACAUAUGGUCGCAGAUCCCAACAAAUUUCCCACUGGUCUACCAGCCUUCUCCGCGCAGAUCAACAAGUUUGGGAUGAGCCUUGCUGCGUACGGAGACAAUGGCUAUGAGACCUGUGCCGGAUACCCUGGAUCUUACGGUCGAGAACUCCAGGACUUGCAGACAUGGCAUUCGUGGGGUAUGAAAUAUUUGAAUGCUUCCAAAGACAUUCCGGCCGAUAACAUCACCCAACAGAAUAUGCUUGGUCGGUAUGAGCGCAUGUCAAACGCCAUUGCAGAGUUUGCAGCACAGACAGGCUGCACAUUUGAAUUUUCUCUAUGCGAAUGGGGCUGGCAGCAGCCUUGGAUAUGGGGCCGUAGGAUUGCACAAGCUUGGCGUAUCGACGGCGACAUCAAGCCUUACUGGGAUGCACUCGCCGCCAUCAUCAACCAAGCUUCGUUCCAAUACUGGGCCACCGACUUCUACAGCCACAACGACAUGGACAUCCUCGAAGUAGGGAAUACCGGACUCGGAACACCGCCUGGAAAUCUGACAUACGCUGAAGCAAAAAGUCACUUCACGGCCUGGGCGUUGUUCAAGUCUCCCUUGAUAAUUGGUACUGAUUUGACAAAAGCGACGAACCAGACACUCGAGAUAUUGGGAAACAAAGAUCUGAUCAAGAUCAACCAGGAUCCCAAUGUGGGCCAAAGUAUCAGCCCGUUCCGCUGGGGUGUCAACCCGGACUUUUCCUCCAACGCUUCUCACCCUGCUGAAUACUGGUCAGGAAACUCUAGCUACGGGGUUGUGUUCAUGAUCCUGAAUAGUCAAGACACUACACAGCAGAUGUUCUUCAACCUUACGGAAAGCUGGGCAAUCCGUGCUGGCCGACAGUAUUCAGUCUACGACAUGUGGGAGCACAACAACACCGGUGUUGCUGUCAGGAACAUGACCUUCGCACUUCCGGCUCACGGCGUUGCAGCACUUCUGUUGAAUGAUGCCGGCCCCGAGCCUACGAGCCUGGAUGGAUCCUGCGCAGUCUACUACCAGUGCUCUCUCCCCAACGGGACAUACAUCUCGAACUAA